UUUAUUUAUAAAAUGGAUCAUCCAAAAUUUGAGAAGCUUGAUUGCAAAAUGAAAGAUUAUACAUUAGUUUUUGUACAAAAUGACAAGAAAAUACUACUGGGUUUAAAAAAACGAGGAUUUGGCGUCGGUAAAUGGAAUGGUUUUGGCGGCAAAGUUGAAAAAAAUGAAACCGUUUUUGAAGGUGCAAAACGUGAAUUGAAAGAAGAAUGUGGUUUAAUUCCCAUCAAUAUGAAAAAAUUAGGAACUAUUAUAUUUGAUUUUGAAGGAAAACCCACAUUACUAGCCGUACAUGUAUUUAAGAGCCAUGACUAUGAUGGAACUUUGAUUGAAUCCGAAGAAAUGAAACCACAAUGGUUUGAUAUAAAUGAUAUUCCUUAUGAUAAAAUGUGGUUGGAUGAUGAAAUUUGGUAUCCUCUAAUGUUAAAUGAUAAAUCAUUUGAAGGUAAAUUUUAUUUUCGAGGACAUAGCAAAAUUUUAAAAUAUGAAUUAAAAGAAGUAUAGUUUGCUUAUUGUACCUAACCAUUUUUUUUAAAUAAAUUUUUUUCAAGGAA